AUGUACUCCAAACGAGGGGGAAAACGGCAUUCGUGGGAGCCCGUGCGGCCCAGAGUCGCUGUCUGUCGAUUUUUUGCCCUGAACAAAUGCAAGUACGGAAACACAUGCAAAUUUAUGCACUGCGAUGCCUCAACAGACAACAAAACUUCCAACCCACCUGCUCUCGAUGACCGGGUAUCCCAAUUCAAGAGGCUUGUGAAUCAGCAUGGCAGAGGUGACCGAUUUUAUGAGCACUCCACGACGCAAAGCGUCUUCGCUCUUGGUCUGGACGUGCUUGACACUGUGCAAGACGCUGGCCUUAAACAAGAAGUUAUUACGACCCUCGCGUCGGAGGAAGGUUUGUCCUGCAUCCGCCACGUCGCGUCCAACCGCAUACCUCAAGCAAUGGCUACAGGCGCCAAUGAAAAAGUCAAGCUAUGGGAGACGGAGGUGUGUCCUCUGCUGCGACUCGCGGUGCACAAUACAGUUGUGAACUCUACACUUCUCGAAGAGAAAGUAGCCGCGAUUCACAGCUUCCUUGUUGGCGUCGGGGGUACUCGGUUGACCGCUUGGUUCGACCUCGCAGUCGAACUUGCUGAGUCUCCCCAGCUGCCCCCGGAAGUGUCCUGCAUUGGCCUAGCAGAGCUGUCACUCCUUGUUUUGUCGACACUACUUGGUUCCGGCACAUCUCAAAUUGUCAACGACUCUUUCCGUCACUACUCCAUGAGACUCAGUGCUGUUGUUACGAAUGCUGAGCCUUCACGACCGGAGGACACGUUUUGCAAGCUGCAAGCGUCCCAAUAUGCUGAUUAUAUUGACAGACGUCUCAAAAUUGGUGAAGACAUUCCAGGGCUCAGACAAGCUACGCCUUCCGGACCUGUUCAACUUUCCGCUUUCCAGCUCCAGAGAGACCUGCCUGGCCACCUGUCUGCUGAUGGUCCGCGCCAUGACAACGAUCACGCCGAUAUUACCAAGAUCUCAAUUUUGCCUACUCCAGACGAAAUUCGCAGCACUCGAAGUGAGUACUUGCCAGUAGCCGACCCAACUUCAUGGCACCAUCACGGUAUUCGUGGUCGUUUAGACCGUGAGUUUCGACUGCUCCGCGAGGACACGGUGGGACAACUUCGCGACGUCGUGCGCACCGAGUUGGACAACCUUCAACAGAACAAAGACAAAGGAACGGCCUUCGGUCCAGGUCCAAGAGGCGGAAAAGACAGCAUUCAGUACUGCGUAUAUGAAAAUGCUGUGAUCAUAGAUGUGGGCUUUGAGCAACGCUCUGGGGCCGAGUUUCUUGUCCGCUUUCGCCAACCGGCCAACCGACAUCGACAGAGUCUCGUCAAGCCUGCAGAGGACAGCGAUGCAUCGAAGAAGCAGAGGCGUGAUUGGUGGACAUUUCAAGCCAAAAAGCGCCUUCAGCCAGGUGGCCUCGUCUGCGCCAUUGAUGCCCAAGGAUCGGUCAACUUUUUCACCGUUUCUGACUCGACGAUGCGCACAAGCAGCGAUGUCAAACGAUGGCGGGAGAUGGAUAGUAGCUCCGACCCCAACCAAGAAAUCAAAUACACUCUCGCAGAUGACCCUCAACACGCGUUUGUUCGCCUGGGGUUCAAAGGCAUCGAAGGUCAGAGCCAGCUUGCAUACGGGCUCUCUUGGUUUCUCAAGAGCCGAAUCAACCGCGCAUCGGCGGGACGCUUAAGGGACGGCCAGCAGCUACGCAUCCUUGUCGAAUUUCCGGGCAUCCUGCUCGACUCGUUUUUGCACACGCUUCGCGCUUUGCAAUCUGGAACGGAAAAGCUCAACAUUCCCAUGUCCAAUCUCAUUGCACCAGAGCAAAUUGACGUUGAAGGGGUCAAUCCCCAGCCGAAAGAUGUUGCUCCUCCAAAAUACGCCCAGAAGCCAGGAUUUGUGUUCGACAUGAGCAGCCUGACUGCUGCAAACGAGACGCUUCAGCACAGCAUUCGCCGCCCCUUGACAUCUGAAGAGGUUUGUGACAAAACGAGGCUUGACAGAACGCAAUCCGUGGCUCUCCUGGAAGCUCUUUCUCGGUCCCUGGCCCUUGUCCAAGGCCCACCGGGAACGGGAAAGACGUUUGCCGGUGUUGAAAUUCUCAAAGUCUUGCUACACAAUCAAAAGAAGGCGGAGCUUGGGCCCAUUGUUAUUGUCUGCUACACCAACCAUGCGCUGGAUCAGAUCCUCGAGCAUAUUCUUGACUCUGGCACGCCGGCCAAUAUUCUUCGCAUGGGAGGACAGUCCAAGUCGGAGCGGCUCAAAAAUCUCAAUUUGCGCGACGUAGCUCUUAAUGUUGAGCGAACAAAGGUCGAGAGGGAAAUGUUGUGGUCAUCCCGUAAGACAUUGAACUUCAUGGUCAAUCAGCUGGAGCAGCUUUUCGGAAGUUUGAGCGUGUCUACGCGUGAAGAUGCGAUCGUACGGUUCCUCUCGAGAUACGACAUCGAAGUCUACAGAGAACUGUUCGGACGCAGAGGAGCUGAUGAUGACUCCGGAGACGAAGAUGGAUUCACAACUGUCAAUCGACAAAAGCCCAGCGCCAUCAUUCACCGAUGGCGCAACGGUGGCGAUGUGGAAUUCGGCCCAGCGGCAACCGGUCGGAGGUUGUCCAUGCUGACUCUCGAUGAGCGGAACACACUUUACGAGAAGUGGCAGACCGAGUCUUUCACCCUCAUUCAAGACGACAUUGAGCGCGUGUACAUUGACUAUGUCGCGGCUAAACGAUCCUAUGACAAGGCAAGACAAGAAGCCGAUUUGCGGUGUCUGGAGGCGGCCAACAUUGUCGGCAUGACCACGACGGGCCUUGCCAAGAACCACAACUUACUCAAGCACAUCAAGUCCAAAGUGCUAUUGUGUGAAGAGGCGGGAGAAGUGCUUGAAGCGCACAUGCUCACGUCCUUUCUGCCGUCCAUCGAACACGCCAUCUUGAUUGGCGAUCACCAACAGCUCCGGCCACAAGUGCAAAACUACGACCUCAGCAUAGAAAAUCGCGGUGGCGCCCAGUUUGCAUUUGAUAAGUCCCUGUUCGAGCGCCUCGUCUCGCCUCGAGCCGGUGAAGCCAAGAUCCCUUACAGCACAUUGUCUACCCAACGCCGGAUGCACUCGUCGAUCUCGGCGCUUAUUCGGGCCCCAUUGUAUCCCUCCCUAGAAGACGGGCCAAACGUGCAUCUGUAUCCGGAAGUUACAGGCAUGACACGGCGGUUGUUUUGGCUCGACCAUCAAAAUUGGGAAGACGGUGCCGUCGGAGGCUACAAAAGUACGGAAGCGUCGGGCACGUCGCGCACCAACGAGUUUGAAGUCCAAAUGACCGUCGCGCUGGUGUCGCACCUCUUCAAGCAGGGGACGUACUCUGGUGGCGACAUCGCCGUCCUCACACCGUAUCUCGGGCAGAUGAUGCUCUUGAGGCAGCGUCUCUCCUUAAUGUUUGAGCUGACAUUCAACGACCGAGACGCGGCUGAUCUGGAGGCAGCCGACGCCGUCCGCUCCGAGGCCGAGCUGACCGACAGAGGUGACAGCGCACAGGCCGACCGGCCUUUUGUUCCCGCCAAGACGACCCUUCUGAAUAGUGUGCGUAUUGCCACAGUUGACAACUUCCAGGGGGAGGAGGCCAAGGUGGUUGUCAUCUCUCUGGUGCGAAGCAACAAGAAUCGCCAGUGCGGAUUCUUGCGCACGUCGAACCGGAUUAACGUUUUGCUGUCGCGGGCUCGGCACGGCAUGUACAUUAUUGGAAAUGGCGACACCUGCACUGGGAUUCCGAUGUGGAGAGACGUGAUGUCGGCCCUUCAAUGCGGCAACAACAUGGGACCCGAACUCCCACUUCAAUGCCCUCGCCACCCUGAGCGGACAUUUCUGGCGUCGUUGCCGGACCACUUUGUUCAGUUUGCCCCCGACGGCGGUUGUCAGCAGCCGUGCGACAAGCGGCUGGCUUGUGGCCACUCCUGCAUCGGCCGGUGCCACUCGGACGUGAUCCACGCUGCCGUCAAGUGCCUCGAACCAUGUCCCCGCUCGUUGAAUGGCUGCAUCCACGCAUGUCCCCGACCCUGCGGUGAAUCCUGUGUUACGAGAUGCCAGGUGGAACUCAAAGAUACUAUGUUGGAUCUUCCGUGUGGUCAUACACUGACCAACCCUUUCUGCUGGCAAGCGCAGCGGCCCAACCGGGUUGUUUGCCUGGAGAAUGUGAAGCGGAAAAUUCCAGGCUGCGCACAUGAGCUCACGCUUCCCUGCCACACGAAGGUGACAGACGAAAAGUUUGUUUGCAAGGCACCGUCCACUGCAACAAGCGGGCCGAUGGCCGAAUUGUCCGCACCGACCACGGCGUCUGCACCAAGGCAUGCGGACGUCUCUACGGAACUUGCCAGCAUGCUUGCAAGGAGACAUGCCACAGCGACACGACAUGCCCCCCUUGCACGGCGCCGUGUGAUGUCCGAUGCAGUCAUUCGAGAUGCUCGCGGCCUUGCAAUGAACCAUGUGUGCCCUGUGCCGAAGGCGAAUGCGCCUCGUGCUGCCCGCACUCGACUUGUACCAUGCCAUGCGCUGCACCGUGUAACUGGAUACCUUGCUCGAAGCGCUGCGCAAAUAUUCUUCCUUGUGGCCAUCACUGUAAGUCUAGCGUUGUGCCCGUCUGUCUGCGGAGAAGCAUGCCCCAGUGUGCGUUACUGCCAAGAGUGUGGUGCCGACGACGUCCUGGACCAAGAAGUGGACUUUAUUACCAUGGCUACAUACCGGGAGAUCAACUUGGGCGAGGAUCCGUGCAUCUUUCCAGUUUGCGGUCACAUCUUGACAAUGUCGUCGAUGGACGGCGUCAUGGAUAUGGCGAAACACUACACCAUGACCCAAGACACGUCUGGUCUGCCACGUCCCGUGGCAAUUGCUGCGUCGUCGUCGCCUUUUGACAUGAAGGAGGUGAAGGUAUGUCCACACUGCCGCGGGUCGUUGCGCGAUGUAGCGCGGUACGGUCGAAUCGUACGACGCGCGGUGCUUGACGAGUCGACCAAGCGUUUCAUCAACUGGGCGCGCCAAAAGCACAACGAGCUGGCUCUUCAGCUCACGGGGCACAAAGGACAGCUCGAAGUCGACAAGGAGAUGGAAGGGAAGAAGGCGAAGCUAUCUAUCCACCACAGAGCGGAGCAGGUUUACAAAAAGAAAUUCUUUGCCGGAAAAGGGCGCUCUGCCUUGAUGGUAGAGUUGCUGCUGUCCACAGACUUGGCCCGACAUCACCAACAGCUGGUCCAGACGCGCAACGACAUCUCGCAAUUUGCCGCAAAGGUCGCCACCGAUGAGCAGCCCUUCCAGCGCGUGGCUGAACUGGUGACGUUUGCACACAACAGACGCCUGGCCAGUGGAUCCGAACCCGCGGCGCUCGAUCCCGCGCCACACCAUUUCGAGUUUGACGAAAGCGUUCUUCAGACGGGCAGCAGCCUGCAAGCUGCUGUUUUGCUCAUGCGCUGCGAUGUCCUUGCCCUCGAGUACGUUGUGUUUUCUCUCGAAAAGGCUACUUUGGUCGAUAAGUUGCACUCCCACAUCCGCGGCGGCAGCAGCAGCAGCAGCAGCAGCGGCAACAAUCAGACACAAGACGCGGCAUCCUACACAUUGGCCAUCCAGACCAUCUCCAAGGCAAUCAAGACCAACCGAUUUACAGUCCUGUUCAACGAGUUCGAGUCGACAACCGUGGCUGCCAAGUCGGCCAAAUAUACGAAGCAAGAAGUCGAGGGAUACAUAUGCAGCACCCAUCUCUGCAUCGUUCUGUCGCGUCUAUUGGACUGUAUUGAGGAAGGGGCUGAUGCAGAGAAUGGGGAGACGGUGGAUGAACCUUCCACUGCGAGAUGGGUGGAGGGCGGCGGUCCAAGUGGCAGAACUGGCCCGGGCGCUGUUCUGUCGCGCACAGAACUCAAAGAGCGCGCCACGCAGCACGUCGCAACCGCCCGCGCCGUUUUCCAGACCUCGCCAUCGGCGCACGACCUUUUUGGCCCCGAAGUGGACCGCCUGGAAGAGGCUCUCGAGAACCUCGCCGAGUACCAGCCCGUGACUUCCGCCGAGAUGCAGGCCGUCUACAAGGCGAUGGCAAGUGAGUUCAAUGGCUCGGGGCACUGGUACACCUGUGUCAACGGGCACCCGUUUACGGUCGGCGAGUGCGGGAUGCCGAUGGAGCAGGCGCGGUGCAACGAAUGCGGCGCGCCCGUGGGCGGCCGGAACCACACGAACGCCGAGGGCGUGGUUGCCGCCACAGAGAUUGAAGAACUCGGUCGGGAUAUGGGCAGGAUGGCAGUUUAG